ACUCCGUCCCGCCCGGCCGCUCCCUCGGGGGCUCACUCCGUCCCGCCCGCCACGAUGCUGGCCGUCCUGUCCAACAACUGGACGGAGGAAGCCCCAGCCGUCGAGGCGGAGGAGCCCGGGGACGGCUGGAGCCGGCUGCCGGCCCCGACGGCCAACCUGUCGCCGCCGGCCGCCUCGGGGGCCCCGUGGUCCCCGUCGGUUCCCGCCGCGGGGACCCCGUCCGGGACCAACCUGACCAACCAGUUCGUGCAGCCGUCUUGGCGCAUCGCUCUCUGGUCGCUGGCCUACGGCGCCGUCGUGGCCGUGGUGGUUUUCGGCAACCUGAUCGUCAUCUGGAUCAUCGUGGCCCACAAACGCAUGAGGACCGUCACCAACUACUUCCUGGUGAACCUGGCCUUCUCGGACGCCGCCAUGGCCGCCUUCAACACUCUGGUCAACUUCAUCUACGCGCUGCACAGCGAGUGGUACUUGGCGGCCAACUACUGCCGCUUCCACAACUUCUUCCCCAUCACCGCCGUCUUCGCCAGCAUCUACUCCAUGACGGCCAUCGCCGUGGACAGGUAUAUGGCUAUCAUAGACCCCUUGAAGCCUAGACUCUCUGCAACUGCUACCAAGGUCGUCAUUGGGAGUAUAUGGAUUCUAGCUUUCCUGCUCGCAAUUCCCCAGUGUCUGUACUCCAAAACCAAAGUGAUGCCUGGACGAACCCUUUGUUAUGUUCAGUGGCCAGAAGGGUCAAAUCAACAUUUUACGUACCACAUCAUUGUGAUUGUCUUGGUGUACUGCUUUCCUUUGCUUGUCAUGGGCAUCACUUACACCAUAGUUGGAAUUACCCUGUGGGGAGGAGAGAUCCCAGGAGACACAUCUGACAAGUAUCAUGAACAGCUCAAGGCUAAGAGAAAGGUGGUAAAAAUGAUGAUUGUCGUCGUGGUGACAUUCGCAAUUUGCUGGCUGCCCUACCAUAUUUAUUUCAUAGUCACUGGGAUCUAUCAGCACUUGAAUCGGUGGAAAUAUAUCCAGCAAGUCUACCUGGCCAGUUUUUGGUUAGCCAUGAGUUCCACUAUGUACAAUCCCAUCAUCUACUGCUGUCUAAAUAAGAGAUUUCGAGCUGGAUUCAAGAGGGCUUUCCGCUGGUGUCCCUUCAUCGAAGUGUCGAGCUAUGAUGAGCUGGAACUCCAGGCUGCCAGAUUCCAUCCCACCCGGCAAAGCAGUCUGUACACCGUGUCAAGGAUGGAGUCGAGCAUGACGGUGGUGUUUGAUUCCAAAGACACAGAAAACUCCAAAUCUAGUCGGAAAUUGAGAGGAGCCCCCCGGGAUCCCAGCUUCAACGGCUGCUCCCGCAGAAAUUCCAAGUCUGCAUCCACCAGCUCCGGUUUCAUCAGCUCCCCCUAUACUUCUGCAGAUGAAUAUUCCUAAAUUUUCCCAGCAGCAGCAGCAGCAGUGGAAUGGAAAGGAGCAGGAUGCUACUGUAUAUGAA